GAAGGUGGCAGAGAAGUCAAUUUGCUGAAAAGCGAAACGCCUAAUGAUGUGUACUCUUCAGUAGCAGUGAGAGUCGAACAGAAGAGGCUUGAAGACGAGAAAGGUGGUCCGAACAAGGAAAUUGCGCUGCGACUCAGAAAGUUCAUGCCGCAACCUGUCCCGCGAAAGGUAAUUAAACAAACGGUAAUGACGACCGUCUAUGGGGUUACGCUAUAUGGUGCUGCCUUGCAAAUAAAACGACAGUUGAAGGCACUUGAUAUAGACAACGAGGAGACCGCGAAAUUUGCACAGUAUUUGACGCAUAAAACGUUUGCCAGUCUGCAUGAUGCAUUCACUUGUUCAAUGAAGCUGAAGGACUGGUUCAGAGACUGUGCAAAAGGCGUGUCUGACCUGUUACGCACUAUGGAAUGGGUCACCCCUCUUGGACUACCGGUUGUACAGCCGUAUGUGAUUGCCAAGGAGAAGAAGGGGAAAGUCAUACACGUUCCUGUAUCGACUAAACAGGUAGGCGCCUUUCCGCCCAAUCUGGUACAUUCGCUGGACUCCUGCCAUAUGAUGCUCACAUCUCUCGAUUGUUCGCGGAGAGGUGUGACUUUUGCGGCAGUGCACGAUUGUUUUUGGACACAUGCCAGCACAGUGGACGAAAUGGGCGAAUUGUGUCGUGACCAGUUUAUCAGAUUGCACAGCGAGCCAAUUGUUCAACAGUAA